AUGUUUCGAAACUCGGUCCUGUUUCAAUCCCUUUUUAGGAAAUCUCCGUAUUUAAAUAGCUACACUACUAAUGGUGAUACUCUCACUCUAAAUGAUCCCUCAGACUUUAGUUCGAAAGUAUGGAAUAUUUAUCAAGAAAUCCAGACUAAAAACAUCCGUAAGGUCAUUGUCACUACCGAAACAGGAGGCUACAGUACGGAUUCAAUUCCUUGGCAACUCGUAGAAGAAGUUGAAAUUCAAAGAAAAGCAGAUUCAAAAUUUGGUAUUGAUUUCAAAGGUUCCAAGAUCCUUAAGAAGGUUAGCCUAGGUAUAGGUGUUAAAUCCAUUACUGGCAAUGCAUUUUCCAAAACAUCUAUCUCUGAGAUUGACCUUUCAUAUGUUACAUCUAUUGAUGGUGCUGCCUUUCAAUACUGCCCUAACCUUCAAAAACUUGUUCUUCCGAAAGUUCAGACAAUUCCUGAUUAUUUCGCAAGAAGGUGUUCAAAUUUGGUGUCUGUUGAUAUUUCGAGCGCGACAAGCAUCAAGUCUAAUGCUUUUUACAACUGCAUUUCAUUAUCUGAGAUCAAGUUUGCUAGCAACAUUAAUUCAAUUGGUGCAUAUGCUUUCUCCCUUACAGCUAUCACCUCUCUCACCGUCCCUACAUCUUUAUCUAGGAUUAGCUUGUGUGCUUUUGCAUAUUCCUCCCUUGCAACCGUCACAUUCCCUUCAUCAACCACAGUAACAUUAGAGGCACGUGUCUUUGAAGGAACAAGAAUAGAGACCAUUGAAUUCCCAGCGAAUAUUAAGUUUGACCUUUCUAAUGGUGAUGGAAUUAUCAAUGGAACGAUAACCCUUACGAAGAUCACAUUCAACCCAACAUCGAUUCCAAAAUCUUUUGCUAGAAACUGUGUUGCCCUUGAAAGUUUGAUAGCUCCUAACGCAAACAUAGUUAAUGAUUAUGCUUUCUAUAAUUGCAAGAAACUGGCCACCCUAACACUUGCUAAGUCCGUCACACAGAUUGGCAAGUCUGCAUUUGCAUAUUGUGAGUCUCUUGUCUAUGAUAUCCCACAAAAUGAUUUGAAGAUUGGAGAUAAUGCUUUCAUGUAUUGCUCAAAUCUGAAGACAUCAACUAUUCCAGCCAAUUGGAAGCUCGGACAAUAUGUUUUCGUCGGAUGCUCCGGUAUUCCAAGCCUUGAUAUCAAAGCAGAUCUCACAAACUGCCAAGGUUUGUUCCAAGGCUGCACAGGAAUAACAUCAUUAACCAUUGCAUCAUCAAAUGUUCCGAUAUACUGCUUUGCUAACUGUACUGCUCUGAAAACCGUCACCUUCUUGAAGAACGUUUUUCUUGAUGUUGGAUCAUUUGCUAGCACAGGUCCAAUUGAGAACCUUGAUCUCACAAAGGCCACUUCUUAUUCAAUUGCAUUCAAGAACUCGCAGAUCAAAUCAGUCACCAUUAGAGGAGAUACUUAUGGUGAAUUAGCAUUUUCAGGAUGCUGGAAUCUUGAAACAAUCACAUUAUCUAAGGAUUCAACAUGGUUUGAUGGUACAAUUGCUGUCAAUGUUUCUUCAUCAUUGAAGAUUGUCCCACAUAAGGAAAACACUGCUUUCACAGUCAAAGAUGAUAUGGUCCAAUAUGGUUCUGGUUUUUUUGCACUUCUUCCUUCAUACAAGAAGUCAACAUUCACAGCUCCGGCUGGAAUUUUGUAUUUCGGAAAGGGCUUCCUUUCAAUGACUCCAGCAGUUACUGAAGUCAUCAUUGAUAACAAUGGAUUAAGAAUUGCUCCAUAUUGUUUCGCUUAUGCAUAUACACUUGAAAAGGUCACAAUUAAGAGCCCAAUCAACAAAUUCCUUCCUUCAGGAGCAUUCAGAGGUUGUUAUGCAUUAGAAGAAGUUUCAUUCCCAGACCAAAUUUCUCAAAUUGGAGAUCGUUGA